AUGGAUAGGACGCAACAAAAGACAACCAGGGAGGCGGAGAAUUGGACUGGAAACAUGGUAUAUCUGGAACCGGUGGACUUCGACCAGCCGACUCAGCAGCACCCGGUGGAUGUUGGAAAAUGUCUGAAGCAGAACAACGUCACUGGGUACCAAGACAUACAAGCGAUCCGGAAAUUCCGGUAUAGAAACCACAACCUGAAGUGCUAUGUGCCGGUGAUGCUGAAACAAACGGUGGGACUGAUCAAAGGAGUGCCAUUUAAAUACGAGGACAGGGAACUAUUGGAGGAGCUCGAAGCAGAAGUACCCAUCAUCAAAGUAGAAAGGGUUUUAAAAAUGGACAGCGAAAAAAAUUUGACCAAGACAAAGAACGGAAUAUACAAAGAGGACAGUAGACGGGACGGAGACGGAGUCGUAGACGGAGUCAUAGAAAAUUUGGCAGGAGAGAUAAUAUUAACUGGCGACUUCAACGCUAGACACCCAUUAUGGGAAAGAAAUGCACGACCAUGUGACAGAGGAAAAACAAUAGCAACAGAACUAGACGCAUCAAAACUCAUACUACUAAACCAGGGACAAGCAACAACAAUUCCAAGAAUUAAUAGUUCACCGACAGCAAUAGACCUAUCGUUUGCCACACAAGGAAUCGCAGCGAAGAUGGAGUGGGCAGUAGUUGAGGAAGAGUUUGGUAGCGCCCACAUGUGCAUUGUCAUGGAAAUACAAACUACGAUACCGAUGGUAAAGGACGACAAAAAAAAAAUAAACGUAACGAAAGCGAUAGAAGGCUUAAACUCGAUACAACCACAGUUUCUUGACAACCCUGAGGAGAUGCAGGAAGUUUUCGAAGAAAAAAUUGAAGAGGCCAGCUAUGUAAUAAGAAAUCGCAAAGCCAACUUCCUAAAAAAAUGGUGGACAGACACAAUUCAGGCAGCAUACAACAUCAAAAGGGGGAAACUAAGGAUAGCUGAAUUUAAAAGGAUGGUAAGAAGAGAGAAAAGGAAAUACGAACGAGAGCUGAAGGAAAAGAUUGAUGAACAGACACCACCAAAACAAAUAUGGAACAUAAUACGAGGAAUAGACGUAGCACUAACGGGGAAAAAGAAAGGAGCUGACCACAACCCAAAGCAACAAAUUGCAGAGGAGUUUGUGGCGGUUAACUAUACGGAAAUAACCAAGGACCUGAUAUGGCGGCCAGCGGUGUGCAGAGAAAACAAUCAGGAAGCACAAGAAAGCCUAGGAUAUACUCAGUGA